UUUCAUGCUUUUCCUCAUUCAACCAAAUUAAUCAUGUUUCAUUAAUAUAAAAAAAAGGUGUGUACACAACAUGUUUAGGCAUAGAACAAAUCAAUCAAUCCCCCUUGUUCUUUUACACUACCGAGAAAAACACGCCGGACGCACGCUACUUGUGGGUCCCAGCAACCCUCGUGCUUAGAACGAGGUCUCCCGCUUUUCUUGUUUCCUUUUGAUUUCUCUACUGCCAUUGCUGCAUUUGCUGCAUAAAUAAUGCUGGUGGAUGUUACCAUGCUGUCCAAUCCGUCAAGGGUUUGAGAGCUUCAGAGGUCGAGUAAGUACAUUCUGAAGUAUGGAUUAGAUGUGCCAGCUAGGAUUUCAACGAUCCAGAACUGGUAGAUUUUUACUCAUCACGUUCUCUUCAGAGUUAGCUGGAUAGCCUUUCCCAUGUGCCUAGCUGGAUUCUGUCACUCUUGAGUCUUGACUUGUCUCCUUGAGUCCUUCCUUCAUGGCACGCACGCGUACAUUACAUGCACGCACGCACGCACCAAAUCAUCUUAUAUGCAAAAUUCACUUCAGGUGCGGACCGGCCCUCUCUUUCCACCUAGUAUCUCUAGCAUCUAUCUCUCUAUACCUCUUCCGAGAAGCGUGAAUCUGUUGUCCUCUUUUAAUCUUUUUUCAACCCUCAGAUAUCUUUCUUGCUUUCUUCUUCAACUAGUCUGGAGGUGCUCUUACUUACUUGGUUCAUAUUGAUACAAUUGUUCACCGAAUACCUACCUCGACGUAUCCUGUUGGUCCCAAUCUCCAACUCUCUCUAUCCCUCCAGCUCUCCGGCUCUUUUUGAGACCCUCACUAUUCGCUAGCUCGAAUCAUUUUGCCAGCAUCUAGUGCCUAGCACCCGUCCAUCGCCCAACACCUAUCACCUAUCACCUACCCAGCACCCAGCACCCAGCACCCAGCACCUAGCACCUAGCCAAAACCCACUCAAACAAAACACACCCUAAACCUUUCUUCCUCGAGCGAUUCCUCCACUUCAAUCCCUUGAACGGAGUAAAAAAAGGUAAAGAGAGAGAGCAGGAGAGAGCGAGAAGAAACGAGACCCGGCCAGGCCAAAAUAGAUAAAAUAAACAGUACAAGCGUGGAUAAUCGCAAAUUCAAGACAGAUGUGUCAAGGUUCCUCCACUAUCCUAUUGCGGAAUUAGAGAGAGAAAAAAACCUUAGAUGGCUCUCUCGCCUUCUAUUUCACCCCACACCACUGCGACUACCACCACCACUACCACGAGAAAUACCACUUCCACUUCCACCUCCACCAUCUCUAAAACUCCCAAUUCCUCUUUCCAACCCGGAUCUCAUUCAAACUCAAACUCAAAUUCGGUUUCGGUUUCGAAUGUGAUUGACACAAGUAAUAUUCAAGACCGUAUUGUGCCGUCCUCUCUUACCCAUAAAUCCAAUCCUACACAUAUCUCAACUACAUCCACACUCACACUCACACCCACACCCACACCCACUUCCACCACUUCCACUUCCACUUCCACCACCACCACCACAUCAUCUGCCUCAGCCUCAAGUUCACUACCACCACUUUCGGAUAGAUCCAUUCGAGAAGGCGAAUCCAGUCAAAGUUUUACGAGAGAUUCCUCAAAUUUCUUAUCUUCAGUAAAAUUGUCGUCGGUUCGACCUCUGACUUUUGAUUCAAAAUCUUCGUUGAUACCUCGCGAAUCGAGUUCAAAGGAACUGAUACCUCGCACGUCUAAUAAUACUACAUCUCAUAAGCAAAAUCGUCAAUCGACUAGCUCUUUGAGACAAAACCGAACUGGCUUGUUCACCUUAGCUGUAUUGGCAAGAGAUAAAACUAGCAACGCAAUUGCAAGUUUGGCUGAGCCCGCGUUACGUUCACGUCCGUCAUCGGGCAAUACUUUAGAUUCACUUCCAGAUCAAAACACUCCUUUGAAUAGUAUUAAAGAUAGGUCCAAGUCGGCAGGAGUUUUAGGAAACCAUAUACAUCACACAGACUUAUCUUCCUCGCCCUGCGAAAACUCGACAUCGACUGCAGCAAACACAAUUUCAGAGGAGACACCUCCCUCCCAUUUCCUGGGUCGUCGCCAGUCGUUACUUGGUACCAACCCUCCCUCGCAGGCGUACUCGAAUACUGCUGCAGAUACCCCACCACCGUUGAUCCACUCAAAUCACAGGACGACAAAUACCAGCAAGAUGCAUCAAACAUCGUCGCGCUUGUUGCGCAUGACGAGCGAUGACAGGCCAUUCACAAGAGAUUUCAAAGAUUUAUUCGCAACGUUGGUAGUCAGUUUACCACUGGCAACGCACCGCAUACGAUUAACUAGAGUGGAACAUUCGUUUCUUUCAGAAGAGGCUAUCAAUAAUUUGGGCUCUUUAAAAUUCUCACAAUCGAAUCGUAUGCCAGAUCCAAAAGACCCUUCACGUAUUGUCACCACCACCACGACAACAACAUUCUCUAUGGCGCGGGAAAUGGCCCGAUCAGUAUGUCAACGUUUCCUAGAUGCACGAUUUAUCGAAUCUGCGGACGGAAAGCAGGCAAAGGAUUUCACAAUCAAGGGUUCCAUAUGGCAGUUGACACCAAAAGGUAUUCAUGUUUUGGAAAGAUUUUGCUCGAAGAAUGGAAUACAACAGAGACAUGUCGCAGAACUUGUCGCAUCCCCAAGAAACACAAUGCAAUUGGUUAUUCUAGAAAGAGAUUCUGCUACGGACAAACUUUCCUCGGAUCGAAGCACAAUUGAGGUUAUUUUCCGCAGGUUUGUUGGUCAAAAUGGACCGAAUAUCAAGACCAGCACCACAUCAGCUGAUUCGGAUUCUUUGAGCGAGUACAAGGAUGGAAUUGCUGGUGUAAGAAUGGCAGGAGAGCGUAAGGUUGGAUCGCCACCCAGAACUGUUUAUCAAACAUUUACUGGAAAGGCCGCUUGUGACUGGCUAAUGGAUUGUUGUACUACGGUGGACAGACGGGAAACCACAGAAGUUGCGUCGCUAUUUUUGGAGCAGGAACUAAUCUGGUGCGUUCAGCCCGACAGGCAAUACCAGCAACAACUCCCUCCUUCAGAUGAUAAGAAGGAUUUCCGAUUCCAGCCUACAAAGUAUGCCUACUAUCAAUUAUCACAAAAAGGCAAGGAUGUGAUCAAUAUGACUUCGAGAGAUCGUACUUCAGAGAGCGAAGGAAGUUCAGCAGCAGUAAGAGCUGGCGUAUCCCGAGAUUCGAAUACUCAAAAGUUGGACAAAAUUCUUAAUGAUGCCGCACUUCGUUUACUUUUCCGCGAAAACCUUCGGGAUACUCAUUGUGAGGAGAACUUGUCUUUCUAUCUAGAUGUCGAGGAAUUCUUAAAGUCAUGCAAGGCAGCCGUAAGAAAUGUAGACCCAACCAGGGGUAAAUCAGGAGGAAGUCUAGAUUCCGUCAAGGAAACUAUGGCAUCAGCCUAUGGUAUUUACAAUGCAUUCUUAGCUCCAGGCUCACCUUGCGAACUUAAUAUCGAUCAUAUGCUCAGGAAUCAAUUGGCUACUAGAAUGACCAAGGCUGUGGGACAAGAUGCUGCUAUGGUGGAGAGUUUGAAGGAAGUCACAAAGUUAUUUGAAGAGGCUCAAUUAUCUGUCUUCAAGUUGAUGGCUAGUGACUCCGUGCCAAAAUUCAUGAAGAGCUCAAAAUAUGAACAAACUCUCAAGAAUUACGAUUUCGAUUCGAUAUCUCCAAAUGGACAUCGGUACAACUUACCUGAACGAUCUGCUAGUCAAUCUAACAAAUAGUAUCUGGAUGACUGUCAAUUGGCUCCACGAGAAACCCCCUUUAAAAUACCUCUCACCACUUCAUCGAUCUUGGGAACCAGUUGUAUUAUUACUUCGAGAGCAGGUAUUUAGUCCUUGACAGAGGCUUUGAAACGAUCAUUUGUCUUUUAGCGAUUGCAUAGAUUCCCCUCAAUAUUACUUUUGGACCUGAAUAUGUCCCAGCGGAAGGAUCAAUUGGAGAUGACGAAAAUGAGAUAUCCUUUUCGAGACCAGGAGAAUGCAGUAUCACAUACUGUAUGAAUGAACAUCGAACCAAGAAGUCUCACCCGGAAAUGAAUGCAUUUAAUGGAGCAUCGAGAAGCUUUGGGGGGACUGGCCAUCAUUUUGAUGUCAUGGUCUUUAUUUUUCUAUUACAUUUUUUUGCGCCGUUUUUUACUUGAUUUUUUCGUCUUUCGAUGAGCGGCUUUUCAGCAUUGCAUUGCAAAGCAUAAUCGACGAAUGAGAUACGUGUACAUAGCAUUUCUGGCGUUGGGGUUAUAGUUAGUCCUCUUUUAUUGUGGGAGGGACGAAUAAAUUCAUUGGGUGGGGUGUUGCUAUACACAUAUAGAUGGGGUGGGUGGGAGAGAAAUGGAUGGAUGGAUGGAAGGAAAGACUUUUCGUCUUUAUUUUUUCUUUUC